AUGUCGCCGCCUCGCCGCCGCUCGGCCCGGUUGGCCAGCGCGUCAACGCCAAAGCCCAAGAAAGUAUCUCAACUAUCGUCGCUUACCGAGCGCGAUGAGACGCCAGAAGAGGUGGAAUCGACGAGCCGCGAUGGCGUCGCCGCCUCGCCACACCCUCAACCUGCCACACCUGCCUCGUCCGCUCUGAAGCCUCCCAUGUCCGAAAUGCACCCAAGCAAGGUUCACCCCACAGCCACUGGCCCCUCCGAGACCUGGCUUGGAUUCAGGGACAUCAAAUCUGCCAACGUCGCCCGUGGCAAGUCUGCAAUGAACCCGCAGGCCACACCGUCAAGGCUCAGCGGAGUCCCCUCCUCCUCAUUCACGUUCAACGUGACCAGCCCAGCCGGCGAAACCGGCCUCAGCACUGAUGCUCAGCGCAUGAUGGCCGACCUGCGUGAAGAGGCAGCCAAGAUCAAGGCCGACCUCGUUGCGAAGCGGGAGCUGGAGAAGCUGGAUGAACAAGUCAAUGGACGGAAGAUUGCCAGAGCCAAAGGCAAGUCUGGGCGCUUCAGCGCUGCUCACAUGGAGGAGUUUAAAAAGAUGGAUUCGAUUGAGGGUCAUGCCUCUGCCUUCCGCGCUCAACCCGGUCGCUUCACGCCUGUCAAGAAGUCUCUGAAGCGCACCUCUUCCAAGGCGAACCUGGAAGACACUCCCAAGUCGACCCUCCACCGGUCGCCCUCCAAGAACGACCUCCAGAGCACCCCGAGCCAGGCCGUCUCUGGCCUCAAACGCACCUCCUCGAAGGCCAACCUGGACGAACGCACUGAGAAGCAGCCUCUCGGCACUACACCCUCGAAGCUGCGUGCCUUUGCGCCUCAGCCUCAACCCUCACCCUCCCCGGUUAAGCGUGUUCGACAGCAGAUUGAAGAUGACGCGUCCAGCCGCCGACCAAUCUCCAGGGAUGGAAGCUCUCUCCCUCGCCCCACGUCUAGCAGUAACGCCUCGGCUAGUCUGGCGCGUUCAAGCAGCACUUUGACUUCAACGACGAGCCCCGGCAAGGCCACGGCGGCCCGGACGGGUCUCCCUAAGAUAUCCCAGCCUGCUCUGACCAAGUCCCCAAGCAAGGCAUCUCUCAGUGGCCUGACACAGUCGACAACUAAGACAGACCUGGGAGAGCUGACCAAAUCUCCCUCCAAGCCUGCCGCUACACACGACCUCGCUACUCUGUCGAGGACUGUUGAACUGAAGCGACGAAUCGUGAGCCCUGGUAGAUUCGAGCGUGUCAAGUCGAUUUUGCGCGGUGGCAAAUCGCCCGCUCAGCCUGCAAAGAGUGCAAUUCCUCAGCCUUUCGCUGGUGUUUCGCAGACACCUGGUCCCCGAAUCCUCGACAAGCCGCUCCCGGCUGUACCUUUUACCACGCCGCGCAGGAAGCUAUUCAAGCGGGUCGAAUUUACGCCCGAUAGCAAGGACACCCCGAGCAAGAGUCGCGGCGAGGUCAGCUACCCCAAUCUCGAUGCUAUUCUGAGCCGUAUGAACGAGCCCGAGAGUCGUGGCGCCGCCGGAGAGAUCAAGAGCCCGCUGCCAGCCUCUCCCAACAAGAGAGAAGAAAAGGCUUCUGAGGUUCCUACUGUUCCUGGCGCUUUCACGUUCCGUAGCGAACGCACUGCUCGCUUCGGUACUGGAUCUCCUGCCGGCUUCGGCUCUUCGCCUGGACAGCUCAGUGUCCGACAGGUUCGAGCCUCGAUCACUCCAGUCGAGGAAAUGCCCGGUAGUUUCCCAGAAAACGCCGACCUUCCACGGGCCACUCACACCAGCAAGACACCGGUCAAGUCCAUGACGGCUGGCAUCAAGCACGGUCUAACCAACGAAAAGCGAGCGCGCACCAACACAGAGCCAUUCGUAUUGAAUAAGGAAGGCACCACACCAGCUAAACUCGUCUUCGAAGGUGUACCGCACGGCCUGCCCAACGAGAAGCGGGCUCGCACGCACGUCGAGCCUUCUCACCCGAACAAGGAGAACAAAUCGCCCGUCAAGAUCCUCACUGGAGUUGCCCAUGGUCUUGCCAACAAGAAGCGUGCCAGGGCCACCGAAGAUGAUGAACCUGAUGUCGACCAGGAGGGUGCCGACCGCGGUGGCAAGAGGCGCAAGGCUGAACCUGCACCCCACCCUCGUGUUUUGGGAACUCCCAAACUGGCGCGCAGCACCCCGAUUCCCAGUCCUCAAAAGGUGUCGGCGGGAACGCCCAGCCCUGUCAAGAAGCGGGCCGGCAUCAGCAUGAGCCGUUUGCACAUGCUUUCUCAGCCCAAGCUGCGUCGCUGA